AUGCUUGUCCAAGAAUCCCUUUCAGGGGAAACCCUAUUUGACUCCAAACACAUACAUGUCGACACAUUAGAUGAAGCAUAUGAAACGCUUUCUCUAAGUGAUCUCCCUUUGUAUAGUGAUCAAAGUGCUGAUUGGGACCAAGAUUAUUUGUCUUUAGCCCAAUCACAUGGCUCUGCCUCCUCCUCCCAGCAGGAUUGUUUCGAGUUCUUUAGUCAAGAACUCGAUCCCUCUACCGCCACGACUACCGUUUUCCCACAAGAGAACAUCAUGUUCUGUGGAAAGCUCAUUCCUUACGAGCAACCAUUCAGCACUAAAAAAGACUCAUCAACCACAGUUGUCCAGAAUAAGAGGCAGAGAAACGACAAGAAAAAGUGUCGUUGGAGCCAGUUUAGGUGGAAGUUCAAUUCCGGCAGAGGUUCAAAGAAUAGAACGAAAAGUACAACCCUCAUGCAGAAGAAAAACUGCGUGGGAUUGUAUGAGUUGCCAAAGAAAACGUACAACACCACUAAGCUUGGAAAAGGGCAUGGUCCCAUGCACAAAAUGUCCAUUUUGACCUCAUCCUCGUCAGGGAAGUUAGCUAAAUGGCACUUGUUCUUAUUCGGGAUUUCAAGAUUUCCGACAGAGGUGGAGCUAAGAGAUAUCAAGAGCCGACAGAUCACCCGCCGACAGUGUCCAUCACCGCCACCGAUGUUUAAGUUUCAAAAUCGGGACGAUGAGGUAAUAAAUGAGCAAAGAAACAACAGAGGAUGGGGGUUGUGGGGGCUGAUAAGGGCACUAAGUUGCGGCUGA